UCUGGAUACGCGGAUUAUCCCGCUACACUGGAUUUGACCUAGGCAUCACUCCAUCUGCGCUGCAUCACUCGAAAUGUGGAUAAAGUGUUUUUUUUUUUUUUUUUGAAAAUUUGUUGAAUAAACCGGAUUCUCCAUCGGUUUAGUACAAUCUGCAUCAUAUAAGAUUAGGUAAAGAAGGACCAAUGUGGCCAUUACUAUGUGGCGAUAUAAUGGAAUCAGAAGCAAUAUGGAACAUCUCUGUUUUAAUCCAGAAAGUCAACUCAAAGGAACAUCGUCAGUAAAGCCCAUCUAGACAGCAGAAGCAGACCAGUUGUCCACUUCUAAUCUCAAGGCUGUUUGGUCUGUUUUGGAAUCCAUCCCAGUAAUCUUAAACAGGAUUUAGGAUAACAUGUGUCAAUAACCUCAAUGGCCUCACAUUCUUCACUCAUAUGGUUAUCAUCUAAAGGAUUUGAUGUUUCUUCAAUGACCUCCAUAUCAUUUUCCAGAAAAUAUAUCUGAGGAGUUUUAUUUUGUUCAUUGCACUUUUGUAGCAUAACCACUGGUUACCAUGCUUCCCAUUUGCUGGCCCCAUCGUGUACUAUUACUAUUCAGCACCUUCCUGAGUCUUGGUUUGGGCCUGGAGUUCACAGGUUCAGAGGGUCAGUGGGCACGUUAUCUUCGCUGGGAUGCCAGCACGAGAAGUGACCUCAGCUUUCAGUUCAAAACAGCCAUAUCAGAUGCACUGGUUCUCUACUUUGACGAUGGAGGAUAUUGUGACUUCCUGCUCCUGAGUAUUGAAGAAGGCAAGCUUAAGUUGCAUUUUAGUGUGGACUGUGCAGAAACCACUAUAACCUCCAACAAGAUGGUAAAUGACACUCGCUGGCACUUUGCCACCAUCAGCAGGCACAACUUGCGAACCGUGUUGGCGCUGGACGGAGAGUCAAAGGUGGACGAGGUAAGACCACAAAGGCAGUUCAUGAAGAUUGUCAGUGACCUUUAUCUUGGAGGAGUGCCUCAAGACAUUCGGACAUCUGCCCUAACACUACCAGCAGCUAAGGAGAUGCCACCAUUCAAGGGGAUUAUUACAGACCUGGGUUAUGGAAUUCAGGUUCCAACACGCCUUGGAAGCCAAAAGGUCCGGUUAGAGAUGGAAGGCUUGUGUACGGAAAACCUCUGUGAAAAUGGAGGCAGUUGCAGCAUGACUGACGGUGAAGCUUACUGUGACUGCUCUAAAACAGGAUAUGUAGGUCGUUACUGCAAUGAAGCUGUGAACAAAACCCCCGGGUUCGCGCAUAUGGUGAAGUCUCCACAAGCACGCGAGGACAAUGUGGCAACAUUCCGGGGUUCAGAAUACUUCUGCUAUGACUUGUCUCAGAAUCCUAUCCAGAGUAGCAGUGAUGAGAUCACUCUGUCCUUCAAAACUUGGCAACGCAAUGGUCUCAUUCUCCACACGGGCAAGUCGGCUGACUAUGUUAACCUAGCGUUGAAGGACGGUGCUGUUUCAUUGGUCAUCAACCUGGGCUCAGGAGCCUUCGAGGCUAUUGUUGAGCCUGUCAAUGGAAAGUUCAAUGACAACGCCUGGCAUGACAUCAAAGUGACGCGCAACCUGAGACAGCACUCAGGCAUUGGACACGCUAUGGUGACUAUAUUGGUGGAUGGUAUAUUGACCACCACAGGAUACACGCAGGAGGAUUACACAAUGCUGGGCUCAGAUGAUUUCUUCUAUGUGGGGGGAAGCCCAAGCACUGCCGACCUUCCUGGAUCUCCCGUCAGCAAUAAUUUCAUGGGCUGCCUUAAAGAGGUGGUGUACAAAAACAACGACAUACGACUGGAACUCUCUCGCCUGGCCCGCAUCGCAGACCCCAAGAUGAAGCUAGAAGGGGAUGUGGUGUUUAAAUGUGAGAAUGUCCCCACACUAGACCCUAUCUCUUUUGAGACACCAGAAUCCUUCCUCAGCCUGCCCAAGUGGAACACCAAGCGUGUGGGCUCCAUUUCCUUUGACCUCCGCACCUCAGAGCCCAAUGGACUAAUUCUUUUUACACAAGGUAAGCCCCAGGAGAAGAAAGAUGCUCAUAGCCAGAAGAGCAACAAAGUGGACUUCUUCGCUGUGGAACUUCUAGAUGGAAAUAUCUAUCUUCUGCUGGACAUGGGAUCAGGAACAAUUAAAGUCAAAGCCACACAGAGUAAGGUCAAUGACGGAGCAUGGCACCAUGUGGACAUCCAGAGAGAUGGAAGAUCAGGUAUCAUCUCUGUGAAUAGCCGCCGGACUCCAUUCACUGCCAGUGGAGAGAAUGAGAUUCUAGACCUGGAGGGUGACCUAUAUCUUGGAGGUCUCCCAGACAACCGUGUUGGCCUGGUCCUUCCCACCGAACUGUGGACCGCUAUGUUGAACUAUGGCUAUGUGGGUUGCAUCCGUGAUCUUUUCAUAGAUGGUCGCAGUAAAGACAUUCGCCAGAUCGCAGAGGCACAGAAUGUAGUUGGAAUAAAGUCAUCCUGCAGCAAAGUAACAGGAAAACAGUGUGAUAGCAACCCCUGCAAAAACAACGGCAUCUGCAAAGAGGGCUGGAAUCGCUUCAUCUGUGACUGCACCGGUACCGGAUACUGGGAUCGUACCUGUGAGAGAGAGGCAUCUGUCCUAAGCUACGAUGGCAGUAUGUAUAUGAAGGUGGUGAUGCCGAAGGUAAUACAUACAGAAGCAGAGGAUGUGUCUCUGAGGUUUAUGUCCCAGCGUGCCUUUGGCCUGUUGAUGGCUGCCACAUCACGUGAGUCCGCAGACACACUACGACUAGAACUGGACAGCGGCCGUGUCAAACUGACCGUCAAUUUAGAUUGUGGCAGGAUAAACUGUAACACCAGUAAAGGACCAGAGACAUUGUAUGCUGGCCAGAAAGUGAACGACAAUAAUUGGCACUCAGUCAAAGUGAUGCGGCGUGAUAAAAACAUCAAACUCAUGGUGGAUGAUGAUGUAGCUGAAGGUCAGAUGAAUGGUGACCACACUCGACUGGAGUUUAGUAAUAUUGAGACCGGAAUCCUGACAGAACGUUGGUUUGCCUCCACAUCUCCAUCCAAUUUCAUUGGUCACCUGCAAGGCCUAAAGUUCAACAGCCUCCUCUACAUUGACAUGUGCAAGAAUGGGGACAUCGAAUUCUGUGAGCUCAAUGCUCGUUUUGGCAUGCGCUCCAUUGUGGCCGAUCCAGUUACCUUCAAGUCCAAAGGAAGCUAUCUGGGUCUUGCUACACUCCAGGCUUAUAGCACCAUGCACCUCUUCUUUCAGUUCAAAACUACCUCGGGUGAUGGAUUCAUUCUCUUCAACAGUGGAGAUGGAAAUGAUUUUAUUGCUGUGGAGCUUGUCAAAGGGUAUAUUCACUAUGUGUUUGACCUGGGAAAUGGACCGAGUCUUUUGAAAGGAAACAGCGACAGUCCUCUUAAUGACAACCAGUGGCACAAUGUUGUGAUCACUCGAGAUGCCAGCAACACACACACACUAAAGGUGGAUGCCAAGUCUGUCAGCCAGGUGGUCAAUGGAGCAAAAAAUCUGGACCUGAAAGGUGAUCUGUUUGUGGCUGGUUUGGGACCUAACAUGUACCAGAACAUGCCGAAGCUGGUGGUGUCUCGUGAGGGUUUCCAGGGCUGCUUAGCUUCUAUGGAUCUCAAUGGCCGUCUGCCUGACCUUAUCAAUGAUGCUCUGUUCCGCAGUGGGCAGGUCGAACGUGGCUGUGAAGUUGGUUUCACCAAAGCUGACCUUCAAGGGCCCAGCACUACAUGCCAGGAGGAUUCGUGUGCCAACAUGGGUGUGUGCAUCCAGCAGUGGGAGAACUUCACCUGUGACUGUUCCAUGACCUCUUACUCUGGCACCCAGUGCAAUAACCCUGGAGCAACAUACAUCUUUGGAAAGGGCGGAGGACUUAUCACAUACACAUGGCCCAAUAAUGAGAGGCCCAGCACUAGAACCGAUAGAAUGGCAGUGGGCUUCAGCACAGCCAUCAAGGAUGGGAUUCUGGUCCGCAUUGACAGCGCCCCCAGACUAGGAGACUACAUCAUGCUCCAUAUAGAAGAAGGAAAGGUGGGCGUAACGUUCAACAUUGGCACAGUGGACAUCAGCGUCAAAGAGAUGACUACAGAUGUCAACGAUGGAAAAUAUCAUGUUGUGCGAUUCACAAGGAAUGGAGGAAAUGCCACGUUACAGGUGGACAACUGGCCAAUCAAUGAGCACUUUCCAUCAGGUAACAGCGACAAUGAGCGUUAUCAAAUGGCUAAUAAGAAAAUCCCAUUCAAAUAUACCCGGCCGGUUGAAGAUUGGCUACAUGAGAAAGGUCGUCAGCUGACCAUUUUUAACACCCAAGCUACCAUCUCAAUAGGCGGUAAUGACCAAAAGCGACCAUAUCAAGGCCAGCUGUCUGGUCUUUAUUACAAUGGUCUGAAGGUUCUCAACAUGGCAGCUGAAGGUCAUGCUUACAUCAAGAUAAAUGGCAGUGUGAGACUGGUGGGGGAUGUGCCUAUCAGCAGAAGCCCCUCAAGUACCACCACCACCAUGCCCCCAGAGAUGUCCACCACCUUCAUCGAGACCACUACCACCCUGUCAACCACCACUACCCGCAAGCAACGCUCACCACCCACCAUUCAGCAGACAACGGAUGACAUUGUGUCCUCUGCAGAAUGUUCCAGCGAUGACGAGGAUCUGGAGGAGUGUGACGGGGGACACACAGGAGGGGAGUUAGUUAUCCCUGUUCUUGUUGAGGAUCCCAUAGACAUCCCCCCUAUUUCCACUCGAGCCCCUUUCAUCCCCAUUCCCCUGACCCUUCACCCAAUCCUCAACAUUAUUGAGACCACCAAAGAAUCCCUGACAAUUGCCACCGAGGCAGGUGUACCUUGCUUGUCAGACCAAGGCAGCGAUGAUUGUGAUGAUGAUGAUGAUGGUGAUGGCUUGGUGAUAUCGGGUUUUGGCUCUGGGGAGGCCUUCGACUCUAGCCUCCCCCCUACUGAUGAUGAAGAUUUUUACACCACCUUCUCCCUGGUAACAGAUAAGAUCUUGACUACGUCGACCUACGAAGGUGGCUACAAAGCUCUUGCGCCCAAGUGGGAAGUAAAGGACUUUAAACCUAGCAAGGCCUCUGAGGCAGGUAGGACUACGGCCAUCCCGCCUCUGCCUGACUUCAGGAGCUCAGCUGCAUCACCUGUCAUGCCUGAGCAUGCACCCAAAAUCCCAGCUGGGAAAAUGAACAACCGUGAAAUCAAACCCCAACCGGACAUAGUGCUACUACCACUCCCCACAUCUUUCGACAUGGACGGCACCAAACCAAAGGGGCCGUACAUCACCCAGCCCAUGUUGCGCACCAUCCCCAGUGCCCUGCCCACCGUGCCAGGUAUCAGGAGAGUGCCUCCUGGUGCCUCGGAGGUAAUACGUGAGUCCAGCAGCACUAUGGGUAUGGUGGUGGGUAUCAUCUCUGCUGCCGCCCUGUGCAUCCUCAUUCUCCUCUAUGCCAUGUACAAAUACAGGAACAGGGAUGAGGGCUCCUAUCAGGUAGAUGAAACACGGAACUACAUCAGCAAUUCUGCACAGAAUAAUGGCACAGUAAUCAAAGACAAACAGCCCAACACUAAGGGUCCCAGCAACAAGAGACCCAAAGACAAGGACAAGGAAUACUAUGUGUAAAAUGAAAAUCUGAAUGACAAAUAUACACAGAACAACAUCUGAGAAAUCUUGAACAGAAAACAGGGAUUUUACACAUCCUUUAAAAGCUCAAACACAUUGAACCUAUUUCCAAGUUAUGUGAUUUGAAGCACACUUAAGCAUAUGGUAAGCAUAGGGAGAAGGAAAAAAUAGGACUCUGGGGACCUUGAUACUUUACUUUCUGUCUGGUUGUGGGACAGUGCCCGUGUAAAAUAUUGCAACAUUUUUAUCCCUCAAGUGACUUUCUGAGGUACAAAAUCCUUGGUGUAAAAAAAAGACAAAGGAAAAAAAAAACACAAAGCAACCCUUGUCCAUUGUAACCCUGUACAAAUCAAUAAUGAUCAUGGGUACUGGUCAUGAUUUUGGACAUGCAUGUAAUGUGUGUGAUGUAAUACAGAUAUCUUUGCAAAGAUGAGAAAUGAAACAUUUUGGAGAUGCAAAGUGGGAAAAUUUGCCAUAAAACAGUACUUUUCUAAACCAUGCUGGAGAAGAAGUGUUCCAUUAAAAAAAUGGUUUGUAAUUUUUUAUUGUUAUUUUAUUUUUGUUUAUUUUUAUUACUAUUAUUAUUAUUUAUUUACUUACAGUGUUCGUCAAGGACUUGCUUUAACAUUCAUAUUCAGAUUGAGCUCUGUCAUAGCCAGAUUCAACUGAAAAGCAUCCAUCUUUUACAAAUGGAAAAUGAGACAUUCAACAUUAAAUUCAGUUAAAUUUACUCACAUUUGCACACAAUUCACAUAUGGAUCAAGUGUGAACGAAACAAUCCGAUGACUGAAAUAUGAAUUUAUUUGAGGAAUAUAAAUUCACUGCGAACAAGUGUAUAUUUCAUGUUGUCACAGUAACCUGUGUCAAACAAUAAAUGUUUACAUAUUUUAUUACAUCAUAGAUGCAGUACUUUGUAGCUCAUUAUUGUUGAUAACAUUUUGACAUUUUCAUACUUUUUCUGUACAAAUUUAACAAACAUCUAGUUUAAUGUAGCUCAUCUAGUGAAGUCCAAAAGUCUGAGCCCACACUGAAAAUCUGAGAUUCAAAACCUAAUAUAAGCAGAGGAAUUAACAGAAGGUUUCAAAUAAAGUAAUAUUAUGAUCAAUCAAAAAUAAAUAUUUAGGGUUCUGCACUAAUUUCUAUGUUGCUAAACAGGUAAGAUAAUUUUUGUAACUUCAAAUAUGAAGGGGUCAAAUUUCCUUGCUUCCACCGAUGUACACAAAUUAUGCUGGAUGACAACAGCUGGUUUUUGCUCAAUCUUUUGGCAUCAAUCUCAGACGAAAAUCUACUAAGAACAUUUUUUAUAAAUAAAUAUGAAAAUUAAUUCUAACAUUUCAUUUAAAUUGCUUAUUUAUUAUGAUAAUAUUUUAUGACAAAAAUAAAUGAAUUUUUUUA